CACAUCAGCAGACAUGUCCACACUGUUCCCCUCUCUGGUCCCCCGGAUCACUGACACCCUCUGGUUUAACCUGGACCGUCCCUGUGUGGAUGAGACCGAGCUGCACCAGCAGGAGCAGCAGCACCAAACCUGGUUGCAGAGUAUCGCUGAGAAGGACAACAACUUGAUGCCCAUUGGGAAACCUAUUUUUGAGGCUGGAUAUGAUGAGGAGGAAGAGGAGGAUGACGAGGAUGAGGAGGACAGUGAGGAAGACUCAGAAGAUGAAGAAGACAUGCAGGACAUGGAUGAGAUGAACGAUUACAACGAGUCGCCUGAUGACGGCGAGAUAAACGAGGUGGACAUGGAGGGUGCAGACCAAGACCAAGACCAAUGGAUGAUUUAAGAAGAAAGACUUUAUUUAGUCUCCAUAAAGCUGUCUGGCACCUGGUUCCUUCUCAGCACUUAAAAACCUGACUGCUGAGCCCUCAGUGUGUCACACAAAUAUAUUUUUUUAUUUGUGUAAAGAGGAAAAAGAAUAUAGUUCAAUCAAAGCUUGCACCCUGAUAUUCUUCAGUUGGAGGUUUGAGUAAAUUCAGCACAGAUGUUGAAUGUUGAGCUGCGAUCUUCCCUGAAAGCUUGUGGACGUUGCUUAGAGUGUUGCUGCCUGAUCAUACACACAUGGAGGCUGAGUGUGAAAAUACCAUGUGCAUGCCUGUGCACAUGGUAUUUUCUUUUGUCUGUAGGUCCUCAUAUCUCAUAUCUCAUCCUGCUCUUAAAUUACUACACACCCACACACACGUCAGCCUAAUGAACCUUGACCAUGUCAUAUGUAUAGUCAUGUGCCACUUCUCAGAGAGUCUCCAAAACAGCUGACAGAGCAUAAACAAUUUUGUCAGUCAGCUAAAUAAUUUGUUACUUAUCAAUCCCGUUUCUCCUUGAAUCCAACACUGAUUCUGACAUUUUUAGACAGAUGUGUGUGUGUGUGUGUGUGUGUGUGUUAAAUGUCCAUAUUUUGUUUCAGAUUUCACAACAUUUUUCUGAAAUGGCAUUAUGUUCAGACAGAUUAUGUUUCUCAGUGAAACUUUUGAGUCACAAUGUUAAUUAAAAUAGACAUUCACACCGUGUCCGUCAGUAUUAUGUGGUGUCUAUCCUAAAUUUGCUCAUUAAGGCUGUGACGCUUUAUAUUUAAAUGAAUGGAUGCCUUGAUUAUUUUUAUUAAUUGAAAUCAUUUGGAUUAAAUCUAGGUUUUAUUCUAUACAUGUUUUUCUUUUUUUAGUUUCCACAUAACUUCAUAGUAUACAAGAACACAAAGUGUAACACGGGCUGUUGUAAUGUUUAAUGAGGUUAAAGAACAGCUGAUAAAAAGGUUAUUAGAAUUUGGGUGGCGGCUAUGUCAAUAGUUCAAUCAGUGAUAAAUAAGACUCAUUUAACAUUUAGAUGAAUGUCAGCAAAGGUUUCACUCAAGUAAAGGUAAAAGUAUUAUCAAACUUGUACAUAAAGGAUCUUUGUUAAAAGUUUUGCAUAAAAUAUUUAUU